CGGCGCCCCGGGCGCGGCGGGCGGGCGGCAGGCGUUGGGCGCGGGCCCGGGCCCUGGGCGGGCGAGUCGGGGGAUGCGCGCCAGGGGCGGCCGCCCCGCACCGGCGGGACUGACAGUCGGCCGUGCCGGGCGGUGGGGCCGGGGCCAGCCCGCGCACCUUCGUGGGGAGGAAGCGAGGUCCCCGGGAGGAAGGAGUGGAUUUGGUUUCCCCGCAGUCUGGCUUACACGUAAAGAAUGCAGCCAUCUGGCGGCUUGCGGUCCCUGGACUUGCCCCGAAGGUGGGAAGGAAGCCUUUCGGAUUGGACUAAGGUUUUAAUCUUCGGUGGGAGGCGGGGAGGAUCUGCCGGGCCUGAGGAGCAGUAGUAGUCUUCGAGAACAAAGAAUUAGAGAGCACCCACAAGUCGUAAUCUUGCCCAAAGUACUGUAACAAGGUAAUUAAACAAGGUUAGCUAGCAUACGACCUUUAAAAAGAUUAGCAUCCUACUAACCCGCAUGGACUCCCACGGUGCCACGGUUCGUGCCCCGAAUCACUGGGGUGGUUUGGGCUUUCUUAGUAUGGAAAGUAAUCGGCAAAAUAAAGUGAUAAGAUAAACUGAUCGAUAUAAGUGGCACUAAUAAAUAGGGGUUUUAUUUGUAAAGUAUUGAAAGUUUAACUAGAAUGCCUUAAAAGGCAAUUAUUCCUUCCCCGCACUGCUCCUGUAGCUUAAUUUAAGGAUUCUAUUGAUGCAAAACUCUGGUUGUUGAUGCCAAAGAAUGGAGGGUGGAGGAAGGGUCUGCUGCUUUUCUUGGAUACAAAUUUGCAUUUCUUCAAACAUUAAACAGAUGUAUGCAUUCCCUUGAGCUUUCACAUAUAUCAUAACCUGCCUUUAGGAAAAUAUAUACCAUAUGAGGUGACAGUGUUUAUCUUUAAUGUAUUGAAUCUAAAUACAUACGGAGUCAACUAUUUGGGUGAGUGUGAUGAGGUGUGUCCCCCGCAUCCCCCCCCCCCCCCCAAGCAAAACACAUAAAUAUAUAUAGCUCUAUUAUUUUAAGUGUUCAGGGGAUUUUCUUUCUCAAAGACACCCUUAAAAAAAAACACGCUUCUAGCUACAAGGAAGGACUCUCCGGGCAGUUUUGGGGGUUAGAAAGAGGGCAAUAUUUAAGAAGAAAUUAGACAUUGCUUUUAAGAUUAUAGCAGAAUAGACAAUGUCAUCCUGCCUUUGCUGCCUGGAUUGACAUCUAAAGAAUUCAAUUCAGUGGCUACAAUUUUUUCUUCUGUUGACUAGAUUUCGUGCUUGAAUGCAUAUCAUUAUUUUCUCUUCCUUUAAAAUUAAUACUGAAAGGAAAUGUUUUUGUUUUGCCCCUCCCCCCAACUUAAUUGCUUCACUUGAAAAAAGGAAAAGAACAAAUGAGAAAUGGAGGUUGUAACAUUGUAAUUGAUACCAAUUUAUUCAGCUAUUUAUGCUUUGCAGUGAAAAUGAAGUGCUAUUCAGAUGCAAUUUUAGUCUAAAAUGGUGGUGCUUUAAAAUGAUAAAUAAAGGUCUUAAUUGAUCGUGUUCCAUGUAUGCUUUCUGGGCAGCAUGUUUCUUCUUUCAGUAUAAUCUGAGGUGUUUAAUUUAAAAGCAUUGUAUUCUGAGAUAUUUUUCUCCCCUUUUGAGUUUUUGGACUCCUAAAUUGCACUGUAAAAUAUUAAGAUCAUCACCAAGAAAUUAAGUUGGGGCAUUUGUGUCUUGAGUGUUAAUAUUUUGAAUAAUUUAGAUGUGUAAAUUUUGGUCUCUGGCAUAUAAUCUGGGUGUUGUGAUGAAUAUUUAUGAUGAACAUGACUAAAUUCAGGGUUAUGUUAGAAAAGCAAUUCCUCCUGCCAUAGAAUUAACUUUUUUGCAAAGUCUCCAAAAUAUAUCUGCCAAUUUAAGAAACCUUUAUUGGGUGCCUGCUUUUUUGCACUCUAUUGAAUAAGAAUAGUAGACGAAAUUAUACAUGCCUUUUAAAUUUUUACUAGGAAGGAAGCCUGUAGGCUAUACGUUGUUACUACUAAUGGAUGUUUAUCUUCUAGGUUGAAAUUGGGCGAAGGUUAGACACCUUUUAGACAGGUGUUCCUGAAUACCACUGGCAACACGGUUCUGACAGUAUUUCAUAACAAUGGAUGGCGACAGUGCUACAACAGACGCUUCUCAGCUGGGCAUCUCUGCGGACUACAUCGGGGGAAGCCACUAUGUGAUACAGCCCCACGAUGAUACGGAGGACAGCAUGAAUGAUCAUGAAGACACAAAUGGUUCAAAAGAAAGUUUCAGAGAACAAGAUAUAUAUCUUCCAAUUGCAAACGUAGCAAGGAUAAUGAAAAACGCCAUACCUCAAACGGGAAAGAUUGCAAAAGAUGCCAAAGAAUGUGUUCAGGAAUGUGUAAGUGAGUUCAUCAGCUUUAUAACAUCUGAAGCAAGUGAAAGAUGCCAUCAGGAGAAACGGAAGACAAUCAAUGGAGAAGAUAUUCUCUUUGCCAUGUCUACCUUAGGCUUCGACAGUUAUGUAGAACCUCUAAAAUUAUACCUUCAGAAAUUCAGAGAGGCUAUGAAAGGAGAGAAAGGAAUUGGUGGAGCAGUCACAACUACAGAUGGAUUAAGUGAAGAACUUACAGAGGAGGCAUUUACUAACCAGUUACCAGCUGGCUUAAUAACUGCAGAUGGUCAACAACAGAAUGUUAUGGUUUAUACAACAUCAUAUCAACAGAUUUCUGGUGUUCAGCAAAUUCAGUUUUCAUGAUCUGAAGAAAUGGUGGAAUGGGAGUGGAGAGAAGCGAGUCUGUACGAUUCCGGAACCAGAGACAUUAGAAGGAAAUGACUGGGGAAAGAUGUCUCUUUGUAUAUUAAAUAGCUGUAAUGUAGCUUCCUGAUGCUUGACUAAUUGAGGUGUUAAUUCUGACUUGAGAAUCUUUUUCAUGAAUGAUUUUAAAGAAAAAUUUGGAUUUUAAAGGUAUUAAAAUAUUUUUGUUUUGUA